UUACUCUAAAUAACCAUGGACUUCGUAGAUGAUCUGCGUUUGUUUGAGAGGAAUAAACAAGUGCACAUGCGCAGUACUUCAACCGGCGGUGGCUGUAGGAGUGGUGGCCUAGCGAAUUGGGGGAUUAUUAUACCCAAAUUAUACAGACUACAGAAUGAGUCAGGGUAAAGACAAUGCACGGCUCAAGAGCUACAAGAAUAAGUCGCUCAACACAGACGAGAUGAGGAGGAGGAGAGAGGAGGAGGGAUUACAACUCCGUAAACAGAAGAAAGAUGAACAGCUGUUCAAGAGGAGGAAUGUUGCAACGGUGGAGGAGGAUGGAACCGUGGAGGAGGACAGCAUGGGUGACAGCGGUUACUUAGAGUCCCAGGCUAAUAACAUGGACCCCCUCACUGGAGGAGUGAUUUCAGAGGACAUGACCCAGAUGAUCUUCUCGAGUUCUCCUGAACAACAGCUAAUGGCAACACAGCGCUUCAGGAAGCUGCUAUCUAAAGAGCCCAACCCACCCAUCGAUGAGGUCAUCGCCACCAGUGGAGUUGUGGAGCGCUUUGUGGAGUUCCUUAAGAGGAGGGAAAACUGCACUUUGCAGUUUGAGGCAGCGUGGGUCCUGACCAACAUCGCCUCAGGGACGUCCCACCAGACCCGCGUGGUCAUCCAGGCUGGAGCCGUGCCCGUCUUCAUAGAGAUGCUCAGCUCCGACUUCGAGGACGUCCAGGAACAGGCGGUGUGGGCCCUGGGGAACAUAGCAGGAGACAGCACAGAGUGCAGAGACUAUGUAGUGGACUGCAACAUCCUGCCCUCUCUAGUACAGUUGUUGGCCAAGCAGAAUCGUCUCACCAUGAUGAGGAACGCAGUGUGGGCGCUCUCCAACCUCUGUCGAGGGAAGAACCCUCCCCCGGACUUCGCCAAGGUGUCUCCAUGUCUCAGUGUGCUGUCGUGGCUGCUGUUUGUCAACGACACGGACAUCCUUGCGGAUGCGUGCUGGGCUCUCUCCUACCUAUCAGAUGGCCCCAAUGACAAGAUCCAGGCCGUCAUAGACUCUGGGGUCUGCCGCCGCCUGGUGGAGCUGCUGCUACACGCUGACUACAAGGUGGUGUCACCAGCCCUGCGAGCCGUGGGAAACAUCGUCACAGGAGACGACCUCCAGACACAGGUGAUCCUGAACUGCUCCGCCCUCCAGUCUCUGCUCCACCUCCUCAGCAGUCCUAAGGAGUCCAUCAAGAAGGAGGCCUGUUGGACCAUCUCCAACAUCACUGCAGGGAACCGUGCUCAGAUACAGAUGGUGAUGGAUGCAGGGCUGCUGCCCCCCAUGAUCAAUAUUCUCCAAGUGGCAGAGUUCCGCACCCGGAAGGAAGCAGCCUGGGCCAUCACCAACGCUACCUCAGGAGGCUCUGCGGAGCAGAUCAGGCACCUUGUGGAGCUGGGCUGUAUCAAGCCUCUGUGUGACCUCCUGACGCUGAUGGACUCUAAGAUCGUCCAGGUGGCCCUGAACGGGCUGGAGAACAUCCUGAGGCUGGGAGAACUUGAGGCCAAGAGGGGCGGGGGCAUCAACCCAUACUGUGCUCUCCUAGAGGAGGCCUACGGUCUGGACAAGCUGGAGUUUCUACAGGGCCACGAGAACCAGGAGAUCUACCAGAAGGCUUUCGACCUGAUCGAGCGCUACUUCAGCCCCGAGGAUGAGGACCCGUCCCUGGCCCCGGCCGUCGACCUGCAGCAGCAACAGUUCCUCUUCCAGCAGUGCGAGGCCCCAAUGGAGGGCUUCCAGCUAUAAUCUUCAACACCUCUCUCCCUCAAACCCCUCACCCUGGCACACGCCCCUGCCCCUCUCUCUGCCCUCUGCCUCAGAUCCCCCCCAGCCCCUCCCCCCUUACCUCCCCCACACCCCCAACUCCCCUAAGAGAGAUUGAUUUAAUCAUUAUCAUGAUUACUAGAAGUGUAAUAUUUCCAGAGCACGUGUGUGCGUGCAACGCAGGCAGAGUCCUUGCAGUCCUGUCAGCCAGUUGGUGAAGGUUUUCGCUGUCGUGCUCUUAAGUCUUCUCCGAGCUCACACUUACACGCUUCAUUGUUCAGCAGCACAGCAACAACAACCCUCUCUCCUCCUCCUCCUCCUCCUUCUGCUCCCCUCAGCCCCCUCCCACCCUCCCUCAUUCAGAGGAUACCAAACUGCCCCUUCACCCUAACUGGCUCGUUACCAUAUGGAGAGAAAAGAAAGAGAAAACAACCUGUCCACGACCACAUUCCCAGACCAUGACCUGACCCAGACCCGGAGGAGAUGGGAGUAGGUACAGCCAAGCUGUUUGUCUGACUAAACUGCAUCAACGACUGAGAAAAGGCACACGCGGAUGUGCCAAACCCCCCCCCAACCAGCAUCCAAUCCAAACACUGGACUGACCGUGAGACUGUGUGACCACACAACCGUGUCUCGACCGUGGUCAAUGGACUGACCCGCCCCCAGCGGCGUGAUGUGGCCAGUCCAAACCUAACUGAAUGACUUCUACUGAAGGCACUUAAAAACGACUAAAAAGGAGGUUACUUUGCCCUCUUUUUGGCCAUUGAUUGGUCACCAUGGAUUGACUUAAUAGGAGUUUAACCAGUGGUUGUGAGGGGUGGAGCCUGUUUUUGUGACUAACCUGGCUUGUUUUACCCUUCCAGUCCCCAUAUCAUGCAUUCCUUUCUACAGUGGUGGGACUCCCUCCAUCUGUAUUGCAGGCUCCACCCUAAGAGUUUGGGCUGGCUCCUGCCUCUGGUGUGAUACAAAUACCCCAUGGAAUCAUGGGAAUUGGAGUCUUCCCUCGCACUGAGACAAAUGGACGGACGUAGACCAGACAAAAUAAAACUAUUUAUUUCCGUGAACCUGUCCAACAGAUCAUGGGAACUUUGAAAACCUAAAUCCGCAAUUCCAUUUAAUUUGCUGCACUUUAGUUCAGGAAUUUCACCUGUUCAUUCAAAAUCUUUCAGAAGUUUUUAGAGCUCACUUGUCAUUGGUUCACAAUGGCUCUUUCCCCUCCUCAGGAAGUGAGGUGUAAAUACUCAGUUGGGACUAUAACUAAUGAACUAGUUGUUUCACUUCAGCUCGACAAUGUCUCAAGGCACUUAGAAUUCCACCAUUUCAAGAAAUCUUAAAAUUCCGCUAGUCUUUGGGGUAUUGGCUAUUGAGAUACUGUUCUGUCUCCAGUUUGAUCAUGCCAAAUAAGUACACCAACCUAAUCCAACGAUGUGAUUGUACAACAGAGUU